CUCCGCGCGGGGGAUGCCGGGAGGGCGGCGCGGCCCCGCCCGCGCUGCCGCCGAGCGCGCCCGGAGCCGCCAUGAGCCGCGCCAAGUUCAUCGAUAUUGGUAUUAACCUAACAGAUCCUAUGUUCAGAGGAAUCUACAGGGGAACACAGAAACAUCAAGAUGACUUUCUGGAUGUAAUAGAGAGAGCAGUCAAAGUUGGCAUUAAAAAGUUUUUGAUUACAGGUGGGAGUCUAGAAGAUAGUAAAGAUGCAUUGCAGCUGGCACAGACAAACGAUAUGUUUUUCAGUACAGUCGGCUGUCAUCCUACUCGCUGUGGAGAAUUUGAGCAGAGUAGCCCUGAACAGUAUUUAUCUGAAUUAAAAAACCUGAUUGAAAAAAAUAGGACAAAGGUAAUAGCAGUUGGAGAAUGUGGCUUAGAUUUCGAUAGAUUAGAAUUUUGCCCAAAGGACAUCCAACUCAAGUAUUUUGAAAAACAAUGUGACUUGUCAGAACAGAUGCAACUGCCCAUGUUUCUGCACUGUAGAAACUCACAUGCUGAAUUUUUAGACAUAAUGAGAAGAAACAGAGAUAGAGUUGUAGGAGGGGUGGUACAUUCUUUUGAUGGCACAAAGGAACAAGCAGCAGCUCUAAUAGAUUUGGAUCUUUAUAUUGGAAUAAAUGGCUGUUCACUGAAAACAGAAGCCAACUUGGAAACACUGAAAACAAUUCCUUGUGAACGAUUAAUGAUAGAGACUGAUGCACCUUGGUGUGGAGUGAAAAAUACUCAUGCUGGAUCAAAAUACAUUAAAACUACAUUUCCUACAAAAAAGAAAUGGGAAAAGGGGCACUGCUUGAAGGACAGAAAUGAACCCUGCCAUAUAAUGUAAUUUUUAAAACUGAUCCAGCCCUGGGGAUCAGGGGACAGUCCCACAGGUGGGACAGUGCUGAGGCACAGGCUGCUGCUGUCACAGGCCUGUGACAUGAACUGCCACAACAUGCACUUUAUCAGGGAUGUUUCUUCCUUCUGCUGUUGUGCUUCAAAGAAUCUGAUCCUGUGAAAUUUAGAUAUGAAUGACAGCAGCCAAGAUACAGAGUAGUAAAAGAAAACUCCAGGGGCUUAUGAACAGAAUUGAUAAGCACAGACCCUGCUUUCUGCCUCCUUUCCACACAGUUCCUCACAGAAGUGUGAAAAUCAGGAAAGUGUGUAAUUGGUUUAGUGAAAAUGUUUAGUUAUCUGUAUUAAAUACUAUUAAUAGAUGAAAUACUGAAUUUUCAGAAUUCUGUGUCUAGAUUUUGAAAUACUGCUCAGGAUAGUACUAAAGAUCCAGGUAUGCAGCAAGGUGUCUAAACAAGAAUUUGAGAAGUGAACUCUGAUGCUUUUUGAGACAUGAAGGAACUUGGAAAACUGCUGAUGAUGUAAAAUCACAGUUUAAGCUUACAUGGUGACAUCUCCUAGUGUUCAGAUAUACUUAAUGUAAUUAGGUCAAUAGUAAUACUCGUUGAAUUUUUUUUUUUUUUUAAUUUUAAAAGUGAAGAGGACACAUUAGCACAGAAGGGUUGCUUCAGUAUUGUAAGAUUUUCUAGGGUCAGUCCAUAAUUUUGGAGUGGGGGAAGAGAUCAAUAGGAAACACUCUUCUGAUCACAAGUGAAGGGCCUCUACUGUUACUAUUUCAACCAGCUCGUAUGUCAAAAACAACCACACAUAUUUGUCUGCUGCCUUAGUUGUAGUUUAUAGAAAUGUUUCAGAAACCCCCAAACUCGAAAUGUACAGUCUAUUCUGCAUAGAUGCAGUGUGCACAAAUGCUCUAAAGAUCAUUACACAAAUGCUAUGCUUUGGCAUGUUCAUCCAAUUUAUUUUGCCUCCUCUUCUUGGCUUGUAUCAAGGUCCUGAGCCUUUUGUAAUUGCUUAUUUAAUAUUUACUGCAAAUACCUGGUCACAUUAAUCACAAUUAAGCUAAAGAAUGCGGAAGGAGGAGUAAGUUACUUUGGCAGCACUGUGCUCUGAUCAAGCUGUAUCUGGAAUUUAAGAUUUACCAUAGACCAGUCUAUUCAUGGUACAGCUUUAGCCUUGACAGGCUAAUGAAUUUUUGUUUGAAAAAUGAAGAUCAUUGAUAAAGACACCCACAAAAUGACACUUCCUUCAAAACAGAAAGCUGUUUAAUUACCUCCAAACAAGAGUCAAAAGACCAAAGAUGAAUCUGUACCAGUAAGCAAACCAGUGUUCAGUGUAAAAGAAAUGGCAGUUAGUAACUUAAAAGUGAAGCUAUUUGCAUAUCUGAGCACCCUGCCCUAUUGCUCUUAGUGUAGGUUUUUAUUCCAGCUUAAUCUUAGUGAGUUGUACAUACACAUGCAGCAAUCUGAAGUACAUUCUGAAGUACUGGGUUUCAGUCUUCUAAUAUAAAUCUUUCUUUUUUAGUCAAAUACUGGAAAUAAUGGCGGCAGUAAGAGAAGAUGACCCACUUGAGUUGGCCAAUACUCUAUAUAACAACACCAUUAAAGUCUUCUUUCCAAAUA